AUGCGGGAGCGAGUAACGGCCGCGAGAGAGCUCAAUGCGGUUCUCUCCUCCCUCGUUACAAGCACACUCCCCACUAUCAGGUCGUCCAAAGCCACUGCUGUUUCCUACGCUGGGCCCUGGCCAGAAGAUUCCGGGUACCUUCCCCAGUGCUCCAUUGUGAGCUGGCAGCUUCUCAUUGGUCCGUUGGGAUUCCCAAACGCCACGUGUAGCAGCCAGAGUGGGGGAAAGGCUGAGGAGGGGGAUUUGGCAGGUGGAAAAGGGGGGGAGAAGCGAGGGAAGGAGAGGAGAGGGGAGGGGAGGAACGAGAGGGAGGGGGAGAAGGAUAGGAGUGACAGGAAAGGAGAUGAGAAGAAAGGGUUAGAGAAGAAAGGAGAUGAGAGGAAAGGGGACGAGAGGAAAGGGGAUGAGAGGAAGGGGGAUGAAAAGAAAGGAGAUGAGAGGAAAGGGGAUGAGAGAAAAAGUGAGAAGGGAUCAGGGGAGGAGGGAUCGUCUCGCGGCAAAGGAGAAGGCACGAGUGGAGGGAAAGGUAGAGAGGAGACUGUGGGAGGCAAGGAGGGGACCGGUGGAUUGCUUGUUGGUGGCUUGGGACGAGAGGGCGGCUUGAUGGUUGGUGGUUUGGGAGGAAGGGGUGGUUUGUCGCCUGGUGUUUUGCUCUCUAGGGCGCUGGUGAUUGCACAGAGGAGGAGACUGGGGGGACUGGCAGGGGUGGUAGGGACCACACAUGGCAUCCAUCCUUCCACCCCCGCUGCUCUCGCCUGGGAGACGGUGCUGGGGGUCGGCGCUUGUGUGUAUGAGCUCAUUGUGAGGGGCGCAGGGGGCGGAAGGGACGGAGGAGGUGGUGGGAGCGGUGGGAGUGGAGAGCGGAAGGGGAAGAGGGAGGACGGCGAGAGGGGUGUGUGUGACCUGCAGGCACUGGUCGUCAUCUAUCCCGACUUCCCUCGCCGCCCGCCUCUCUUCUCCCUCCACCUCCUCUCCCCCACCACUCUUUCUGCGCAUCAGCAACCCCUCCUCCCCUCCUCCACCGCGCAAGUCACACUCGCUCCAUCUGCUUCCUAUGCCUCCUCCCAUGCCGCCUCCCAUGCGUCCUUACUCCUUGACGGGCUGUUCUCUCUCGAGUCCGAGGUGAACAUGGGAAGCAUGGGAAGUGCAACGAGCCCUCCGUCCUCAUACCUGACUCCGAGUAUCCUCUACCACCAGCUACGUCACUUGCUGAGGGGAUUCGACAUGCUCUUGAGCUCAGCCUCAGAUCUUACAUCCCGCACUCAAUGCCGGUCCGCAAUCACUCAAGGCCCGCCCUCACUCCCGUCGUCGUCACUCCCGUCGUUCUCUCUCUCCCGUCAAACUCUCUUUCCCGUCGCGCUCUCCCUCCCGUCACACUCUCACUCCCGUCGCUCUCUCACUCUCGUCGCGCUCUCACUCCCGUCGCUCUCUCUUUCCGGCGCGCCCUCACUCUCGUCGCUCUCUCGCUCCCGUCGCGCUCAUUCUACCGUCGCUCUCUCACUUCUUUGCGCUCUCACUCCCGUCGCUCUCUCACUCCCGCCGCCCUCUCAUCUCCCGUCCCUCUCUCACUCCCGUCGUGCUCUCGCUCCUGUCGCUCUCUUUCCGGCGCGCUCUCACUCUCGUCGCUCUCUCGCUCCCAUCGCGCUCAUUCUACCGUCGCUCUCUCACUUCUUUGCGCUUGCUCUCCCGUCGCUCUCUCUCUCUCCCGCCGCCCACUCACUCCCGUCGCUCUCACACUCCCGUCACUCUCUCACUCCCGUCGCUCUCUCACUCCCGCCGCUCUCUCACUUCCGUCGCGCUCUCACUUCCCUCGCUCACUCAGUGACUGUCGCUCUCUCACUCCCAUCACCCACGCACGUCGCUCGCAAAUGUCGCUCACACGUGACUCACUAA